UUCCUUUUCGAGUGGGAAUAGAAAGUUAGAAGAAGUAUAGGGAUAAUUAAUAUUAGGAAUUAUUAAACUAUAUAGGGGUAGGACUUAGGAGUGCAGCUACUUCAUGAAGCACUAAUUUAUUGAAUCCUUCGAUAUCGAACGAUUUACUUUAGAAUUGAUCCCUUGAUUGGCUGUUUCAUGGCCUUGCCCAAAUGGGAUUCUUUAUCAACUGUAGCCUCUCCCUCCCUCUCCAAAAAAAGCAAAAAGCACUGAAAUUGUAUAUCUCCAGGAGGUUCGAAGAUGGCAGGGAAUUUAGUGAAGGAGGAUUCCAGUUCGGUUCAGGAUCUUCAAGAUCCGAGAAUCACCUCAGCUCAUGCGUACACGUUCAAACACGCAGGCUCUGGUCAUAAGCGGAAGAAAAGCACACCGGAGAUCAACAAAGAUUACCGUGAGAGAAAGAAGGAAGAGGUGGAAAAACUGAAGGCAGAGACGGAAGAACUUAAGAAAAGCAAAUUCCACCUUGAUGGACAAGCAUUUCAGCUGAGAAUGGAUCUGAAGGAAACUAGAGAAGAAAAUAUCAACCUGAAGAUCGUGGAAAAGAGUCAAAGUGAUUCUAUACUUGAAAUAGGGAAGAAGCUGAUUGCCUUAGGUGAGCAUCAUCCAAAAGAGAUUCGUGCCUUGAAAGAGGAACAUGCACAGAAAAUGCUGGAGCGCGACAGAGAGUUGAAUGCCUUAAAAGAGGAACUUGAACGGCAGAUGCAGUUGUGCAGCUCGUGGCACAUAGACAUGGGCACUGAGAACGCCGGGGAGAUGAUAAUGCAGCACUAAAAGCUCUCAUUUCUUUAUCUAAGUACAUUCUAUUAUAUAAAAUCAUUUGAGGGGAUGCAGUAGUAAGUUCAAAAGAGUUGGGUCUCAUCAACAGGUUUAAAUUUCUGCAUAGAGAUGGCUCUUAGAGUUUUCUUUUUACUAUGGUGUUGUGUAGGUUUCAAACUUAGUUAUGACUUAAUAUAAAAUUAGGUUUUAAUCCUUAUACAGUAGUUGAAGUUUUUAAAUUAAGAUAAUUUUUAAAUAUUCUUUUACAAAAUCCAAUCAUUCUCUUUUUCUUCUUAUUAAUCUGUCAUACUAUCAAUAUUCUAACUGUUCUAUGAACAAUAUUGUUCACAGAACAACCCCAUGGAGACUUAUAAUAUAUUUAACUUUCAACCUAUUUUUUCCUUACAGGCUGCGUCUCUUGGACGUGAACCGAGUCCAAUGGAGCUGUUUCUAGAGACGCAUGUGCGGAGUCAAGACCGUCAAAAAGGGGUGCAGCAGUUCGUGGACAACCGUGCUCAGCACUUCGUGGAGACCUAUAAUAGCCGGUUGAGGGAGAGAUAUGGGGACAAUCUGUCGACCCAUCCAGAUUUCGAUCCAGAUUUGUGGAUGGAGACGGGAUCGUCUGGUGGACCCGAUAAAAACAGGGUCUACGGGCUCUCCAACACUACGGCUGACAACUUGCGUUCGACUCGUAGUGUCUCAACUGUUGGAAGCUCUCCAUCAAUAUCGAACACCCAGUCUGAGGAGUUCAUCGUUGAAACAACAAUAUCAACAACUCUCGACGAAUUAUGAUGAGCUCCGUCAAAUAGUCAUGGAGAUGAGAUCAAAGAUGGGUGACGAUACUUGUGCAGCUUCUUUUUGGCCGUUUGGUCCCGGGAACAACCAGCCUCCUCCUCCUCCGCCUCCUCCUCCAGCUCCGCCGCUAUUCUAGUUUAAUUUUGUUUUUUAAACACAUUAAAUUUGUAAUGAAUAUUAUUACUUUUACAUUUUUAAUGUUUAAUGCAUUUUUAUUUGUUUAUUAA